AUGGCUGCUAGCUCCAGAAGAAAGCUUACUCUGAACAAUGUUUCUGUGAAGCUUGGUUGUGGAAGCUGCAGAAGAAGAAAACCCAAGCUUCUUCUUCACUUCCUCUUCAAUCGAAAACCAAACAACCACCACCAUAACCAUUCUUCUUCUUCUUAUGACACAAGCACCAUCACCACCACCACCACCACAUUCUCUCCUUUCUACGACGACGACGACAACAACAACAUGAUGAAGACUCAUCAUCAUCAUCAGAAGAAGAAGCAGCAUUCUACUGUUAAGGGUUUCGGAAGAGUUGGAAGUGAAGGUAGUGUUGCUGUGGAGAAAGACUCUGAGGAUCCUUUCUUGGAUUUCAAGCAUUCAAUGCUCCAAAUGAUUCUUGAGAAUGAGAUUUAUACUAAGCAAGAUCUUAGCGAGCUUUUGAACUGUUUCCUUCAGCUGAAUUCGCCUCAUCACCAUGCUGUUAUUCUUAGAGCUUUCACUGACAUCUGCAAUGGCGUCUUCUCUAAUUCACUUCAAACCUUUCAUCAUCAUCAUCAUCACUUCAACCGUAAGUCACGUGACUUCUAG